AAUAUAUGCAAUUUAUUAACGAGUUCCUUACCUUUCAGAUACUACACAGUUCUUGCUCCUAAGCACAUUCAUCCCCAUUCCGUCUACAAUGUCUCAAUCUCAACCCAUUCAACAGAUGAUUGGAACACUUUUACAGUGGAUCUCGAGGGUUAUCCCUAUGGGAAAAUGCAGAAUUUUUCAGUUCCGCGCCAAGUCAAUAUGGCGCCAAAUUCAACCAAAACGGUCACAUUUCGCCUAGGAGCUCUUCCUAGUGGGAAGUACAAAUUGGUAGUGAAUAAUGGAGAGUACAGGAACAGCACCAAGUUGCAGUAUCUCCCAAAAUCUCUCCUGUGUUUCAUCCAGACGGACAAAAGAGUCUACAAACCAGGGACUAUUGUGAGAUUUCGGGUUUUGCUCCUAAAAGCUGAUCUUAAGCCAUCAAAGACUCUCAAGAAGGUUAAUGUGGCCAUUUUCGAUAGCAAUAACCUGAAGAUAAUGGAGUGGAAUGAAGCAGAUCUGAAGUAUGGAGUUUUCAGCUCUGAACUUCGGCUUUCCCAGGAUAUAUCACUGGGAUGGUGGACAAUUGAAGCUAGAGCUGCAAAAUUGAAGAUUGAGGAAGUCUUUACGCAACGCUUCGAAGUUGCUGAAUACAUCCUGCCCAAGUUUAAGGUUGAAAUCCAAUCAGAGAAAUUCAGUACGUUCUCGAAAGGAAGCUUCAAGUUCCGGGUUAGAUCUGAAUACAACUACGGGAAACCUGUGAAGGGGAACUACACAGCUGUGGUGUCUCUGAAGCCCUAUGUAGGAUUCCCUAAGAUUCCCAUCUCUGUGAAGAAUGGAAGAAUUGACGGGAUGACUGAGAUAGAGUUCAGUUUUGAGGGAGACCUUCAUCUGAAGCAGAAAUUUGAUAGAAUCUUCAUUGUGGAUGUCACUGUUCAGGACCAUCUUACGGGAUUCCGCCAGAAUGCCAGUGAAGAGUUGGGCGUAUUCAUGGCUAAGCAUGAGAUAAGCUUCCUAAGUCCACCGGAUUACUUCAAACCUGGGCUUAACUACAACGUCGUGAUUUCCGUUAAGCAUCACGAUGGGUCAUCAUUUAAGGGAUCCGAGGAGAACAACGUGACCCUGCUUUAUGGGUACGAUUAUGAGACGUCUGAGGAGAACUUUGUGAACCUGACGAUCUCCCAGAACGGAUUGGCCUAUGGAGGAUUUUUUGUUCCUCGGGAUGUCAAGAAACUCUACGUCAAAGCUCAGUUUGAGGAUGCUCAUGUGAUCCUUCCACACAUCCUGAGAGCCAGAUCGAAGAAGAAACGCUUCAUCCUGGCCAAUCUCAUCACCAAGAACCCAACUGUUAACUCAACCUGCAUUGUAGAGGUCACAUCAACUCAUCGCCUGAACUAUCUGACCUAUCACCUCGUGGCCAGGGAUAAUCUUGUUCACACUGCGAUCGUCAACUUCACAACGGAUGGCAGUCUCAGAGUAUCCUUCACAGUGACUCCAGAAAUGGUUCCAUCAGCCAUUUUUCUCGUCUACUACGUCGCAAAUACCGGCUACUUGAUAUCAGAUCGCAUGGUCAUCGACUUCGGACUUCGGAAAACCUUCGAUCUCAAAGUAUCUCACACACAAGCGACUCCUGGCCAGGAGGUCCUGAUCACUAUUGCUUCCGAGAGCCCUGGGUUCGUUAAUCUGGCAGCAGUGGAUAAGAGUGUCCUGGAGAUGCAGCAUGAGAAGCAUAUGCUAACUGAGAAGCGCGUAGCAUCAACCCUUGAGGACUUCAUCAAGUACACUCCCCUUCAAAUCUUAAGGAGUAUCCGAAGAGUUGCCAGGAAGAAGUAUUUCAAGGAAUUUGAGGAUUCUGGAGUGAUUCUCAUGACAAAUGUAAAGAGAGGAGCGAAGAGACCAAGUUUGAGCGAAUCUGUUACUGAUGAAGAAGAUCUUCCUGAAGAUGAAGAUGACUACGUGGACUUUGAGGAGACUAUAACUCAGAAAGACAUCACCAGCACAGUUUCCGGAGAGAUCAAUCCCAGAAAAUACUUUCCAGAAACCUGGCUCUGGUGGGAUGUGGUAACGAAGCACAAAGGAGAACUCAUUAUCAAAGUCAAGGUCCCUGACAAGAUUACCGGAUGGGUUUUGAGUGGAUUUUCCGUAGAUCAAGACACAGGACUGAGUCUAAUACCACAACCCGUGAGUGUAAGUGUCUUUCAGUCCUUCUUCAUCUCCACGAGUCUUCCCUAUUCCGUGAAACGUGGAGAGAUUAUCACAAUUCCCGUAGUGAUCUUCAACUAUCUCAACGAAAGCAAGCCCGUUGAAUUGAUCUUCCGGAAUGUCCACCGGGACUUUUGUUUCGAAGAUCUCUCCAUUUGCAAUGCUUCCCAGAGGAUUGAAAUCCUAGCUACCAAUCAAACUGGUACCUCUGUGGACUUCCACGUGAUACCCAAGAGCCUGGGCAGAGUGAAAUUUGAGAUUAUUGCCCAGAGUGGAGAUCUUGUGGAUAAGAUCAUCCGGGAAUUGCUUGUUGUAGCUGAGGGAGAAGUUCAGUAUGACAAUCAAGCCUAUCUUGUGGACCUUCAUACUUUUGCAUCAGCUGCAGAAUCCUUUUCGCCCAAACUCCCGGAAAAUUUCGUUCCGGACUCCCUGGAAAUGCGCAUCAACAUCAUGAAGAACAUCCUGGCAUCGUCAAUGGAAAAUUUGGAUGAAUUGGUACCACAUCUACCUACAGGAUGCGGAGAACAGAACCUCUUGACCUUUGCUCCGAAUGUUGCAGUCCUGGACUACAUGACGAGGACAAGGAAACGGAAUGAGGACUUGAGGAUUCGAGCUCUGAGAUUCAUGCGUCAGGCUUAUCAGAGGCAACUGAAAUUCCGUCACCGGGAUGGAGCUUUCAGUGCCUUUGGGAAGGCUGACGAAAUUGGGAGCAUUUGGUUGACAGCCUACGCCGCUAGAACCUUCCUCUGGGCCUCCAGGUACAUCACAGUGGACAGAAAAGUAACAGACAAAGCUCUAAAGUGGCUCAGUCAGCAACAAAUGGAAGACGGAGGAUUCAGGGAAUAUGGGAUUUCUAUCAGGAUCUUCGAUAGAGAAAUGUUCACUGCAGAUGACAAUCGUGUGGGAAUGACAGCUUUUACAAUCCUGCCCUUCGUGGAGACAGGAAUCGGAUGGGCAAAAUACUCAUCAAUGCUCCAGAAAGCUUUCGAAUUCAUUGAGAGGGAAUUCUCAAAUGUCAACGAUGUCUAUUCCCUAUCCAUUGCUGCCUAUGCUGUUCAGUUUUUCGAGGGAAAUCUCCGGGAUCGAGCCCUCCAGGUGCUCAAUGAGAAAUCUCUGAGGGAUCAGGGAAAAAUCUGGUGGGAGAGCAAAAGCAAUGGCAUGAGUUUAUCCAUUGAGGCUACAUCUUAUGGUCUUCUGGCCAAUCUUGCAGCUGAGCAUCUUCAGGAAUGCGUAGGAGCUACAAAAUGGCUAAUCUCCCAGCGAAAUUCCCAAGGAGGAUUCACUUCAACCCAUGACACUGUCCUGGGACUCUUUGCCCUAUCAAAAGUAGCUGAACGUCUCGAAUUUUCCAGCAAUAGCAUAAAUUUCUCAGUAAAUCACCUGAACAUCAAGAACUUCAGCUCCAUGAAGUCCAUCAAAGUGAAUCCCGGCCUCCGGAAUGUCACAGUAAAGGCUUCCGGAAGGGGAUAUGCCAUCAUUGAAUUCGCAACGAAAUACAAUGUUGGGAAUGUUAAGAAAUUCUCUCAAAUAGAAUACUUUGUCGUUGAGCCUAAAGUUAAGGUUCUAGGCAGUCAUGAUAACUUCCUCAAUCUCACCUUUUGCACCCGUUUCAACCCUCCCACGAGAUUCAUGCGCCAGAGCAACAUGACAGUGAUGGAAAUUGUCCUGCCCAGUGGACAUAGAAUUGACAGAGAUCAACUGAAUUUACUCACCGAACUGGAAUCCUUUAAGAAGAUUGAACUAAAGAAUGGAGACACCAAGGCCAUUGUCUACUUCUGCGAGAUUACAGAGAGGGACAUCUGCCCCACGCUGAUGGCCUACAAGACGCACCGCGUCAAGAAAGCCCACCGUGGUCAGAUCUCCAUCUACGAUUACUACAAUCCAGGCAUCAUCAACAGGGAAUUCUUCUGA